UUGACCGAACGGCAUAGACCUUCCAUCAAGGCCAUUACUCUACCAAGUUUUGCUCUUGAGAAUCCUAGUCCUUAAAUCGCAUCACCAAGCAUGUCCGACUUCGACAUUGCCACAGUUCGAAGCCACUUCCCAGCCUUGAGUGGCAAACAAGUUUACUUUGAUAACGCUGGAGGCAGCCAAGUGCUUCAAGAAGUCAUCGAUUCCGUCGUUCAAUACCUGACCAAUAACAAUGUUCAACUCGGCGCGAGCUAUCCCGUCUCGAAAACAUCAACUCAGUUGUACGAAGAAGGCAACAAAGCAGUCGCCAAAUAUAUCAACACGACACCAGACUGCGUAGUCCUUGGUCCUUCAACAACGCAGCUCUUCCGGAAUCUUUCCCAGUCACUGUACGAUUACAUAACCUCUGACUCCGAAAUCAUCGUCUCUCUUCUCGAUCACGAAGCAAAUAUCGCUUCCUGGGUCCAAUUGGCCAAAGACAAGAACUGCAAGCUUAUCUGGUGGAAUGCCGCCGACAAGCAGAACCCUCAACUCGACACUGAAGUUCUUCGAAGCCUGAUGACACCAAAAACAAAACUCGUGGCAUGCACCCAAACCUCCAACAUCCUUGGCACGAUUAACGACGUCAAAUCCAUCGCUUCUGUCGUCCACGAAGUCCCGGGAGCCCUGCUCUGCGUCGAUGCCGUAGCCUACGCUCCCCACCGCGCCAUCGAUGUCACAGACUGGGGCGUAGACUUCUACAGCUUCAGCUGGUACAAGCUGUACGGACCGCAUAUUGCCUCCCUCUACGCGUCCAAAUCUGCUCAGAAGCACCUUCGGACUCUCGGACACUUCUUCAAAGACACUUCCACGCUGGAGAAUCUUCUCGGUCUCGCAGCUGCGAACUACGAACUAACUGCGAGUAUUCCCGAAGUUUGCAAGUACCUUGAAACAGUCCCUUGGGAUCUCACGAGUCAGUACGAGGAGAAGCUGCAGAAGAUUCUAAUCGACUAUUUGUUGUCGAAGCCAGAGGUGUAUCGAAUCAAAGGAGAGCCAACUGCGGAUCGACAGAAGAGGGUACCAGUGAUCAGCUUCACAGUAAAGGGGCGACAGAGCAAGGAUGUCGUGGAUGCGAUUGAGGCGAAGAGCGAUUUCGGUUGUCGAUGGGGUAGCUUCUACUCGAAUCGCCUGUGCGAGCAGGUCCUGGGUCUUGAUCCUGUUGAUGGAGUGGUCAGAGUUUCCUUGCUGCAUUACAAUACGGAAGAAGAGGUGAAAGGAUACGUGAAGGUGCUAGAUGAAGUUGUGUUCAAGUUUUAGUACUCUUUUGGGGUAUCUCGAAAUCAGUUUGCAACGCAAACCAUAUAUUUCCUGGGCCCAAGCAUCUGUCCCAUUCGAAGUCCGUCUCGGGCGGCCCAGAGCCGCAUACUUCACGAAGGUUCGUGCUUUCCUCGUCAUUCCACUGCGUGUCAUGUCCUCCAUCUCUGUGCAACUUGGUAAUACUAUGUCUGACUGAUCACAUACUGUGCGCCCUAGUCCUUACCAUAGCCCCUGAAACGCUUGUCUUGUUCGAAACGCGACACCUCUUGCUUGGUUGGUCGAGCUUCUGGUCCAUUCCCACCUCGAAUUGGGCCUUGACCAGGUCGCCGGACAAGCUUGAAUCUGUACCUUCCCUUCGAUUCGUCCAGCAAUUCAGAGCUGACGACAUCAUAUAGGCCAUCAUAGCGGAAGCCUUUCGAAGGAGCAUACUUCGAAUUGA